AGCAGUGGCUAUCUGGGUGCACUGUGCAGCUUCGGUUGCUAAGGAAACACAGAACGAAGGUGGAAUAAAGAUGACUACGACUGGUCACUGAUGUGUGGAGGCCGCACGCCAUGCCAGGGGUCUGACUGAACUGGAUCAGAGCGGCCAUUAUGGUGACACUUAUCACGGAGCAGCUCCGGAAGCAAAGUUUGGAAGAACCUUAUCACAAGGCUUUUAAUGUGAAUGUGACGCUACCUGCGUUAGGCUCCAGCCCCACAAUCUCCUGGAGAACAUGCAAAUCCACACAAGAGCCCAGCUUUGCUCCGCAGCCAUCAUUCAAAGCCAAACCUCUGGAUUCAACCUGGGGACUGGACUCCACGUGGCCUCGGCAACCUCAACGUGGAGCUGAGUUUUCCAUGACAAACCAGGAUUUCCACAGCUCUCCUCCUCCGCCACCUCCAAAACGCCACUGUCGCUCCCUCUCUGUUCCGGAGGAUCUUUCUCGAUGUCGCUCCACAUGGCAUCCCAGUGCAUCCAAAGUUUGGACCCCAGUAAAACGUACCAGUCAAAGCAUAGGAACAUCUAAUGUGGGUUCUGGAGAUGCCUUGUUAAGUCUUAGUGGUCCUCGGACUUCCAAUAAGUCGUCCUUGCAUUCCUCCUCCAGCCCUACUUUCUUUAGCUUAGCACUGUCGGCGGACUCUCCACUGCCGUGGAGCUUUCCGUGGGACCCAUGCGACUCGCCAAAAACGGCCUGCUCUUCAUCCCUGGCCACCCCUUCCUCAUGCUCAUCAUCACCGACACCGCUAAUGCGCCACUUGUUGCUUCACCGCCGCUACUCGCUCUCGCCGUUGCAAGUUCAGACCGCAUCCACGCCGCACCAGCACCCUCAGGCAGCCCACGCUGUGGGCAUGGAGGUCCCCGCCUUGUCUCCUUCUCCCACUUCGGCCUGCAGCACGCCAUCAUCAUCUCGACGCAGCCUGCACCCGACACUGCCGCGAUGCCACUCGCAGCCCUGCGACAUGCGGAAACCUCGCUUGAAGAGGCGUCACGAUCCAGAUGUGUUACCUGGUCCGAGGCCUGGACUGGACUUCGGCAAGAUGACACAGAUUGGCAAUGGUGACAUUCUCAUGUCCACUUCAGGUGCCUGUAACAUCCAGACAAACUCUGCUGUCUCGCCUGCUGAGUUCCUGGGUCGAGCCAGCAUCGGGCCGCUAAGUGAAAGUGAAGAGGACGACGACGACGAUGAUGACGACGAUGAUUCAAUCAAAAGAACUGCAACACCUGAGGUGCAAAUGUUUUUUGAAAGAGACUGCACAGAACUGGACUUGAACCUCAUAGAAGAGAACUGAUGACGGAUGUAGAGCGCCGUGCUUCCUGUGGUCACGGCUUCCUUUACCACGUUAAGGACCUGCUUGCUGCCUCGGGCUUCAGUACUACACUAUACUUUUACACGAUACUCAAGAUGGAAGCAGUUUGAAGCUACAGCAACCACUCUGGAGCUACUUCCUGUUAAAAACGUCAGCGUUAUACAGUACAUAGUGCCUCCAUUAGCGACCCGCCAAGACUGAGACGUUAUGGAUUUCUGGUGGUAAAUAAUUUCUGGAGCUUUAAGCUUUAUUCUUUCCGGGUUCCGACUUCCGGACCUGACUUUAGAGAAUGUUUUCCACACAUUAACCCUUAGAUGCAUAAGUGGGUCAAAAAUGAGCCAGUCAGGUUGUUUUCUUGAAAUAUCUGCGUAAUGACAUUUUUUUAUCAUUUCAUAUUCCAGGUAUUCCUCAAAAAACAUGUUUUUGAUAUCAUGCCAUUCACAUUUUUAACUUACCUUUUUAUACAUUUUAAGAAAUUUUUGUUUUUAUGUUACUACCCCAACCUUCCAUAAGUGGGUCAAAAAUGACCCGGUCAGGUUGUUUUCUUGAAAUAUCUUCAUAAUGAAAUUUUUUCAUCAUUUCAUAUUCCAGGUAUUCCUCAAAAAACAUGUUUUUGAUAUCAUGCCAUUGACAUUUUUAACUUACCGUUUAUACAUUUUAAGAAAUUUUAAGAAGUCUUCCAUAAGUGGGUCAAAAAUGACCCGGUCAGGUUGUUUUCUUGAAAUAUCUUCAUAAUGAAAAUUUUUUAGAAUUUCAUAUUCCAGGUAUUCCUCAAAAAACGUGUUUUUGAUAUCAUGCCAUUCACAUUUUUAACUUACCUUUUAUACAUUUUAAGAAAUUUUUGUUUUUGUGUUACUACCCCAACCUUCCAUAAGUGGGUCAAAAAUGACCCGGUCAGGUUGUUUUCUUGAAAUAUCUUCAUAAUGAAAUUUUUUUUUAUCAUUUCAUAUUCCAGGUAUUCCUCAAAAAACAUAUUUUUGAUAUCAUGCCAUUCACAUUUUUAACUUACCUUUAUGCAACACACAAUGGAUCCUCACAUUUUCUAUUGUUGUAUGGGGUCAUUUUCUUUUUCAAAGAUGUAAAAAAGUAAAAAAAUGAAGAUAUUUCUAACAUGAAUUCAUUCUUGUGUGGUCCUAAAUAUAAUAAUAAAUAUCAUACAAGUGAUUAUUCCUAACCAAAAUGACAAAAUUGGGAUAAAAAACGCAUUGAUUCUAGUAUGGGUGAUUUUUGCCCCACUUAUGGAAGAGUGUAGGGUCCAGUCACUCGUGCAUCUAAGGGUUAAUUCUGCAUCCAUAAUUGAUAUAUUGGAAAAAGUGAGCAAAAUAUGCUGAUAUAGCUUGAAUCCACUGCCAUUAUUUUAUGAUUGUCAUGUAUAGGUUAAGAGGUAAAAAGUUAGCCUUUUUGAGUUCCGUCUAAUACUGCUCAUUUUUGAGCAUGGCGUCUCUGUCACAUGACCUGUUUGUUAUUGAUUUGAACUUAUCUCAUGUUGGUGUCGUUUUCCCGAUUCAUUAGUUCGCUACUGUUCAUGAUUGAAGUCGAUCAUCAGAUGUAUCCGUUCCUUUAAGGUUGAUGGAUGUACCUUCAUUUAUCGUCCAUUUUCCUCGAACACGACCAAAUGUUUCUAAACAAGCAAUUACGACACUAUAAUCGGACCAUGCCUUAAACUUGACGUGCUGUUGGUGAUUCCGAUAUUUUAGAGUUGGCGUUACACGCUGGAAAAGCCUCUCGAAUCACCAAACAUGGACGCUUUGACCAGCUCAUUACAUACAAUACGGCACAAUGUAAUGAAUGGACUGUGAGUGUGGAUGUGAUUGAAUGCGACAUGGCUGAUUUUUUUAGUGGCCUUUCAGAGUUGAUUUUGCAUACAGUAUGUUUUCAGAUGGCCAUAUUCCAGAUAUGGAUAUACAGUAUUGCACAAUUUAUGUACCAAUAAAGUUUGAUAGA